CCUUCCCAUUGUCUCUCGCUCUACUCAUCAACCGACAUCUCAUUCCUCUCUUCUCUCUUUUCACCCUUUUCUUUUUUCUUUUUCUUUUUCUUUUUCUUUUGCUCCGUUGCAUCCUCACUCUCGAUACAUCUGCUUCAUUUUUGUACUUCCCAUAUACUGGCCAACUCAAUCAUUGCAUUUUGCAUGAGGACGAGUUUUUAGUUGUCGCUCAUUCAGGUCCUCUUUUCAUCUACCUACAUCUCCAAUGACACGCGCUAGCCAAGCUCAAUCCUCACGCAGUCCACGAUACUCUCCCGUUCAGGUUGAUAGCUCGGACAGCGAGGAUAACAAUGAGCGCACACCUUUUGUCAGACGUGGUCGGGAAUACCAACAGCCUACGGAAGAAGAUGAUCUCUAUGAACCUGUAAGCCCAGGUGCCGAUCUCUGGACAACCUUCAAGAACAGACUCCGCUAUUAUGUUCCUGUCUUCCGUUGGUUACCUCAUUACUCCAUGGAUGGCUUUGGCCAUGAUUUUAUCGCUGGCAUGACAGUUGCCUGCUUGAUCAUCCCUCAGAGUUUGUCCUAUGCUACUGCUUUGGCUCACCUAGAACCCGUACAUGGACUGUAUACGGCUUUUAUUCCAGGAGUACUUUAUGCCAUCUUUGGAACAUCACGUCAGCUUUCAGUCGGACCUGAAGCCCUUGUCUCCAUGAUGGUCGGAACGGCCAUUGCACAGCAACAACAUGCCAGUGGUAGCUCAGAUCCUAAUGUUGCUUUGGCUAUUGCUUGUUAUAUCACCCUCUUUGUUGGUCUCUUCACAUUCUUUUUGGGCUUUGUCCGUCUCGGCUUUUUGGACUCUGUUCUGUCUAGAGCAUUGCUACGCGGAUUCAUCACUGCUGUCGCAGUUGUAGUCAUCAUCGAACAGUCAAUUUCUCUCUUUGGACUCAGGGAUUUGGCCGAAGAGUCUGGAAUUGGGGAGCAAUCUUCGACUGUUGAGAAGUUGGUUUUCAUUAUUGAGGAGUUUAAACACAUUCAUGUUCUUACAACAGUCGUGUCCUUCUCAAGUAUCGUCUUUUUGCUCUCGUUUGGAUCCUUCAAGAAGCGUCUCACAAAACUGCCAUUCCUGCAAUUUGUUCCAGAGAUCUUACUCUGUGUCAUCCUUUAUACCGUCCUUACCGCAGUCUUCCGUUGGGACAAGGAUGGUCUUGCAGUUUUGGGGGCGACAAAGGCUGCUGGUAUCCAAUUCCCAUCCAUCCCUGCCGCACCCGAAGGUGUGUCAGUCCGCUCCCUGUUUGGCACGUCAGUCUUGAUCUCCAUCAUUGGUUUUGUCGAGUCGAUCGUCAUUUCAAAACAGUACGCCAACAAGCACAACUACACUGUUAGCCCUAAUCGUGAAUUGGUUGCCAUGGGUAUUGCUAAUAUCUUUGGAGGACUCUUCCAGGCCAUUCCUGCCUUUGGAUCACUCUCCCGUAGCAAGAUUAAUGAUAAAGCCGGAGCACGCACCCAGCUUGCAGGAUUAAUCACAGCCUUGAUUGUCCUCCUUGCCAUUUUCUUCCUCCUACCUUAUUUCUUCUAUCUUCCCAAGGCGGUAUUGGCUGGUAUCAUCUGUGUGGCCGCAUUGUCAUUGCUUUCGGAGGCCCCUCAUGACAUCAAGUUUUGGUGGCAGAUCCAAGCUUGGUCGGAUUUAGGAUUGUUGCUUUUGACGUUUUUUGCAACCAUUACAGUUUCUGUGGAGGCCGGGACCUUGAUUGCCAUCGCCUUGUCCUUCUUGCUGGUCAUCAAGACCUCAACCUACCCAAGGAUCACUAUUAUGGGUCGUAUGCCUGGAACCAAGGGCAAAUUUCGCCCCAUCAAAGACUACCCAGGUAUUGCAGAGCAUAUUGAUGGUGUCCUUGUUGUCAAGGUUGAGGAAGCCCUGUACUUUGCAAACACUGGUCAGCUCAAAGAUCGUCUGCACCGCUUGGAAGUCUUUGGCGACAUGAGUGUCCAUCCAUCAGAGGAAGCGCGACUUAAUCCCGUGUCACAUGUUAUUUUCGAUGUUGAGAACAUGCCUUCACUGGACGCAAGUGCCUGCCAAAUUCUUCUUGAGAUUGUGGAGGCAUAUCAUGCGCGUCAUAUUAAGGUGUACUUUGUCAAGCUGAGGGAAAAUUCUCGUGAGCUGUUUGUCAAGAGUGGUCUGUUGAAACGUGCUGGCGGCGACUCUCAUCUAUUCCGAAGAACUGCAGAUGCAAUGGACUAUAUUGAACGCGAAUCCCUGGCUUUGAAUGAAAGUGAAAUGCAGGUAUAGAGGGCUGUAGAAAAAUAUAUUUAUAUAUAUAUAUAUGUGUAUAUAUCUAUCUGGAGGAGUAUAGAUAACAGAGAGAAAAUAACAUGAACAACCUCAACCAUCCAAUUUUGAAAAAUAAAAGAACAUACAGC